AUGACUAGAGUUUUUUUAGGAGGUUUUAUUGUGGGUGAAACAGAUAAAGCAGCUUCAAGUAAAAUGGUUAAAUGUGAGAAGGCGUGUUCCGACAAUCAACAUGUUUUCAUACUAUUUGCUUUUGAUAUUUUUGAUUUCUUAACACUAAAAGUAGUUGAUCUUUUACAAAUAGUUCAAAGGUUUAUGAAUAACAAUAUUAUAUCUCCUAAGUUUAUAAAUGAAGAAAUAUAUGCAAAGAAAUUGAUAGUGCUAAGGGAAGAAGUAAGGAUGAUGUUUAACAAAAUGGAAAAUGAGGUUGAUCAACUUGAGUUUAUAGAUUUAUUGCAAAGACUUGGAAUUGAUUAUCAUUUCAAUAAUGAAAUAAGGAACAUGUUGGACAAUAUUUACAAUACACAAACAUCCAACUUGAAGAAUAAUAACUUAUAUGUCACAGCACUCAAGUUUAGACUUUUAAGGCAACAUGGCUAUGAUAUAUCUACAGAUGUUUUUGUUUGCUUUCGAGAUGAAAUGCUUGAUUUGAAGACUGACCACGCAAUUGAUGUUGAGGGAAUGUUGUCAAUGUAUGAAGCCUCAUUUCAUUCAUUUGAAGAUGAAACUAUAUUGGAUGAAGCAAGAGAUUUCACAAUAAAGUUUCUUAAAGAUUAUUUGAACAAACAUGGAGAUGAUGAUGUUAUGUCAAUUCUAAUAAGCCAUGCUUUUGAGAUUCCACUACAUUUGAGAAUUUCUCGAUCGGAGGCGCAGUGGUUCAUCGAUCAAUACCAAAAAAAUAAAAACAUGAAUCCGAUUUUACUUCAAUUCGCUAAAGUGGAUUACAACAUUCUUCAAAGCAUCUACCAAGAAGAACUUAAAUAUGACUCAAGAUGGUGGAAAGGAACUGGUUAUGAAGAAAAGUUGACAUUUGCUAGAGAUAGAAUUGUUGAGAAUUAUAUUUGGUCAGUAGGAACAAAUUUCAAUCCAAAUUCGGGAUACUUUAGAAAAUAUACAACCAAGAUCCUUUCUUUAAUUACCACAUUGGACGAUGUUUACGAUGUUUAUGGUACUUUGGAAGAACUAGAACUCUUCACAGAAGCAAUUUACAGAUGGGAUCUAAAUGGCAUGGAUAGUCUUCCAAAUUAUAUGAAAAUAUGCUUUGAGCCAAUCUAUAACUUUGUGAAUGAAUUGGCUUUUGAUGUUCAAAACAAGAGUGGAUGUGAUAUCACUCCACACCUAAAGAAAGCAUGGAUAGAUCUAUGUAAAACAUAUUUGGUGGAAGCAAAAUGGUAUCAUACUGGAUCUACUCCAAACUUUGAAGAAUACUUAGAGAAUGCAUGGAAAUCCAUAGGUUCAGCUGUUAUACUUAUUCAUGGUUUCUGCUAUUUUCAACCCGAAGACUCGGUUUGUCUAGAAGAAAACUUGAACAUAAUUUAUUUUUCUGCAACAAUUUUGCGCCUCGCGAAUGAUCUUGGAACAUACAAACGCGAACUUGAGACAGGUGACAUUCCGAAGUCAAUUCAACUUUACAUGAACGAAAAUGAUGCUUCUGAAACGGAGGCUCGUGAGUAUGUAAAGUCCUUGAUUUUAACACUAUGGAAGAAGAUGAAUAAAGAAGCUCAUACUUCAUCUUUCUCUCGGAGUUUCGUAGAUAUUUCGAUAAAUCUUGCUAGAAUGUCAUUAUUCAUGUACCUUCGCGGAGAUGCACAUACUGUUCAAGAUUCUGAUGUUAAGAAUCGUGUAGUUUCAUUGAUUUUUCAGCAUGUUCCUAUCAUGAGUACACAACAUGUCAUGAAUGAGCAUGUGACAAAUGAACAAGGACAAUUGGAUUUAGUAUCUCAAGAGAAGUAAGAGAAAGAAGAAGAGCAAUGGAAUAAUGGAAUUUGUACUUUACAUUCUAUGAAAUGGCAUUGUUUCAUUGAAAUCAAUAUACUAUUAUCGGAUUAUCCAUUAGUUUUCCAAGAGUUGAUAA